AGUUUUCCACCCCUAAAAUCAGUGGAACAACUUUGCUCCAAGUUUAAUGUAGAAGUCGUGAGUAUUAAAUAUGCUUAGCGCACAAGAUCCCCCACCUCAGCUCCAGCAUAUGCCUCAUUGAUGAUGUCGCCCACUUGCCCAGUCACCGAUCCUACAAUCAUGCUUAAAGAAAGUUAUGCUAACACAAUGUGGAGCCAGAUUAGUACUAUGAUCAAUAUUCCCUUUGUGGACUCUUGGCCAGACUUACUACAUUGGAUGAGGAAAAGGGUUAGAAGAAAAUCUUUGCUUAGCAUUCUGAUCAAACUCUCAUGGAAUGCCACAAAUCUACAACAUUUGAAUGGAAAGAAACAAAAGAUUUCAUCUGCAGCUCUUCAGAAGUGAGAGUACAAUCCUUCAUGAGAUUCAAUUUGAGGUUAAAACUAGAAUGCUGGAGUUUGCUCACCCAAGAUCUUCAUCACUUCCUAUGGCUAUUGUAAUUCAAUGGGGACUUGAAACAGUUGUGACAAAUUAGUUUUCUGGGUAAUAGUAAAAUGUGUACUAGCUAUAUGUGUAUUUUUCUUAAUCUCUUUUCUCUUGUAGCAGCUCUUGUGCUACUUUAUGUUGCAAGUAUUUCUGGCUAAAUAAAUUCACCUUUUAUCC